GUGGACAUAAAACUGCAAAUAUGUCAUUUGAUUUUAAUUACAAAUUUUGGGUUGGCACAAGAACGGAUAUUGAAGACAUCAUAAAAAGGCAAAAUGUAUUAAAGAGGAAAGACCCAAUAACCAACCCGUUGGUCACGUAUAGAAUAUUUUCGGAACUGUAUGUAUUAUACGUCGAAUUGGUCAAUAAACUGAGCUAUGUUUAUAACUAUACGUUUCAAGUCCAGAAGCGUAAAGUGGUUAGACCAUUAGUCGAAUCUGCCGUUCGACGUUUAAUGGAACUAAAAACAGAGCUGAAGAAUUUGGAAUUAAGUGAAUAUGUUUACACUGACAAAGCUUUAAUUGCAAGAAAGCUCAACCCUUAUGAUUUGGUUAUUUGGCGUUCUCCGCAAUUUUUAUAUCGUCGUCCUCCUGAACUACAAAAUAUAGUGUACGAAAAUAGAAUUUUUAUGAAUGAAGAAGAGAAAACUUAUGCCGAUAAGAAGGGCAAAUUAAUUUUGAGUGAUGCAGUCAAGCUGAUACAAGCUCAUGAAAGAGCUAGAAGUGCCCGUGUUUAUAAAUCCGCUAUCAAAUACGAUAAAAGAAAUCUCAAAGUAUUUCAACGAAGAAAAGUUCAUUACAUAUUUACUUACAAACCUGAUCAGGCAAUGAGCAUACCAGUGAAAAGAACAAUGUUCAAUGCGGACUUUGUAAAACAAAAUGAACAUUGCAAAUAUUUAGUAGGAGCAGAUAAAAUUGAUCGAAAAUCGAAAGAUGAGAUCGAUGAAGAUGAACUAAAUAUGAUACGUAACGAAGCAGCAUUAAAGAUUCAGUUAGCAUGGAGGUCUCAUAAAAGCCAAAAAAUACUUAAGAAAAGGAAUAUUUUCAAACAAACAUUGUAUGGUAUGAGAACUAAAAGGCGUUUAAUUAACCCAAACCAGUAUAUGGAUUCGUUUAUGGAAACAUACAGAAAUGAAAAGCUGAAAAUAAAACUGGAUGAGGAUUUCAUUCGAUUGAUGACUGAUGAGAGAACUAGAUUGUUGCAAGAAAGGUCUCCAUGGAUAAUGGAGGACAUAUCCGAUCAUAUACGUGCAUGGUUCAAGGAAUUUUAUGAUAAAGUGGGCGAUUUUCAUCCAUACCCGGAUGCUUUAAAAUCUGGAACUGUUUUAGUUUUGAUCGAUGAAACAUUGUCUCCAGAGGAUUUUAAAGAAAAGUUGAACGAAAUGAAUUUGUCCAAAGAAGAAAAGAAAAAAAGAGCAGAGAAAGUAAAACUACAAAGAAAGAAAGAAAAGGACAAAAUAAGAAAAGAAAAAAUCAAAGAGGCUAAGAGAAGGAAAAAGAUGAAGGAACAAGGCAUUUAUGAUAUAGCGCAUGAUAUGAAGACUAAUAAACAUAUAUUGAAUAUUGAGAAAACUAUAAAGCAAUACUCUAUUGACUGGAGGAUGAUUGAUGAAUAUCUCAAUAAAAAUCAUGAAGCAAUAAAGGAUUGGGUGACGGGAGGAGAACUUGCAGUUAUGCAUAGAGAGCUUAGAGCGUUGGUGGAUGAAUAUAUGCGAUUGGAAUAUGAAAUACUUCGGAAAGCUCUUUGCAAGGAUCUGAAUAAAAAAUAUAAACCUCAAAAACACAAAAAAGCUAAAUCUAAAAAAAAGAAGAAGAAAAAGAAGAAGAUUAAAGACAUGACAGCUGAUCGCACAAUUGAGUCAUUGUAUGAUGAGCUUAAAGCAGACGGCAUAAUAGAAAAAUGCGAGAAGAAGACAUUCGAGUCGUUUAUUUCGGAUUUCAACUUUGUUGCGGACGACACUCGAGACGAAGAUCAUUUGACUACAUUGGGACCGGCUAAAGGCGAUAUUAAAAUGGUUGUUCAAGAAUGCAUGCUUGGAUUAGGAGAAUUUACUGUAGAUAAACCUAAAACUCUUUGUAUAGCGGGACCGUUGAAUAAUGGAAAGAAGUUGCUUUCUCAAAUUAUUGCAUUUGAAAUAGAUGCUGUGUUUAUGAAUCUCAGUCCUGAGAAAACACAAGCUUACAGUAAUGAAGACUUGAACUAUUUAAUGCACGUGGUUAUGAAAGUUGCAAAAGCGUUCCAACCAACGAUAAUAUUUAUACAGGACGUUCACAGAGUGUUUUGGAAAAGGAUUCCUAAAGAGCAAGAGUAUUUGAAUCCUCGGUUGCUUCAAAAAGUUAUCAGCACGAAGAUUUUAAAAACAAUCAAAAAAGAAGAUAAAAUAAUGCUUUUGGGCACAACGGACGCUCCAUGGUCUGCAAAACCAAAAAUGAGGCGUGUGUUUCAAAAGUCGUUAUUGAUUCCCAAAUGUGAUUAUGGCACCAGCUUCCUACUUUGGCUAGAAGUUUUGGCAAAUUAUGCUGGUGAUGAUUCCGUUGAUGAUUACAUUUACUCUGCAUUAGCUAAGGUGUUUAAAAAUUAUAAUUCCGGUGAUGUCACGGAUAAUAUUGCAGAGACUUUAGAUGUGCGCCGCCGUAUGAAAUUGAAGUCGAAACCUUUAAGUCCUUUCGAGUUUUUAACAAACUUUAUUGGCAGAAAUCAAUCAAUAUUUCCUCCAGAAGAGAAGCUAAUGGAAAAGUUCCAGAAAUGGUACCAGAAAUCAAACAAACUCAGUGUAGCAAGAAGAAAGUUUUUCAAGAAAAAGGAUGAGAAAAAUAAGAAGAAAAAGUAAUCUUCUUGUUUUUAGUAUGUCAGAAUGGCACUUGACAUGCAGCCUCAAACCUUGAUAGAACCCCCUCCAUGCUUUACCGUGGCUUUUAUAUUUUUAUGAUCAAAUUCGGCAUUUGGUUUACGCCACACAAACAUUUUGCCAUCUGAUCAAUGCAAAUUAAAUUUGCUUCAUCUGUGGAUAAAACCUUAAAAAAGUGAAAACUAUCAAAAUAAAUGUAUUUUGAGAUAAAAUAAUGUGAAACUACCUGAUUCCAAAAGUCUUCUGAUUUUAAUAAAUACUCCUUAGCAUAUUUUAGCCUUUUGUUUUUAUUUUAAAGGCUAAUGGGGGUUUUCCUUGCAACUCUACCAUAGUAAUCGUAUUUGUGUAACGUAUUACGAACAAUAUUUAGGCAAACAUCUUUUCCACUUCGAAAUUUUAAAGAAAUUUGCAGUUACUUUGCCGUUUUGAAAGGAUCUUUUGUGACUUCCUUUAGUAUAGAACGCUCUUCUCGCACAGAUAAUAUCUUACCCUGACCUUCUCUGCUUCUAUUGGCCAAUCUGAACUCAUCGUGAAACCUCUUGAUCACAUCAUGGACUGUGUAUUUGCUUCUUCCUACCAAUUCAGCUAUUUCACGCACGGUUUUACCUUCACCAUUUAAUUUCACUAUUCGCUAUAGUUGGACCGAGGUUUGCUUUCCUUUUGGAUCAAUUUUAAAAACAAUUCUCAAAAUUCUGAACUUCUCUAACACUAAAUAAAUUUUAUUGCUAGUGAGAUUUGUCCGAUUAUUCGUUGAGUGCAGAAAAUUGAGUCAUUUAUGUUUUUCUACUAAAAUGUACAGUUAUCAUAAAGGAUAGUUGGUGUUUUCUUAUUGAUGAGUGAGAUAGGGUUAUGAAGUGUAAAUAAAAGCGAAAAAUAACACAUUAUGCUUUUUUGUUUUUAUGUAUACUGAACAUUAAUAUUAGACAAACUCUUUUCCGAUUAUGUGAUGGAGCUACUGUAUAUGAUUUGCCAAAAAAAUUCGUUUCACAAUUCGUAAAAAAUAUAUUUUAUUAUUAAUAAUAAAUAUCGUAUGUCCUUUCGAAUACCAUAAGACAUACAUAUGAGUACAAAGUUCCAUGAUGAUCGUGUGUGUGAUGUGGUUUCGGAGCGAAAGCGUAAUAAACAUACCUACAUUCACAUUUAUAAUAUUAGUAUGGAUAUGGAUAUGGCUUAUUCACAAUUUGAAAGAUGCGUUUGAUU